AUGAUGGAUAACCGCUUGAAAAUCAUCGUCGGCCUUGACUAUGGCACCACCUUCUCUGGCAUCAGCUACGUCACAUCCAACGAGGUCAGUAUCGACAAGAUUGAAGUCAUCAACCAAUGGCCCGGCACGUCCGAGACGGUUUCCAAGGUCCCGACCAAGAUCGCCUACGCGGCCGAGAACAAGAACUCCUACGUCGACAAGUGGGGCUUCACCGUCACCUCGAACAUGCAGUCCUAUGUUUGGACCAAGCUACUUCUGGACCGUGGCACCGCCCUCACUGACCUUGACGACCCUGCACUGAAGGACCUGUUUGGCACGGGCAUGCUGAAGCUACCCCGCGACAAGACGGCCAAGCAGGUUUGCCGCGAUUAUCUGAAGGGCCUCUAUGACUACAUGGUGACCGUCCUCAGCAAGAAAUACUCGCCCGACGUCUACGCCGUUACCCCAGUCGAGUGUUGGAUCACCGUCCCCGCCAUCUGGAGUGACGCGGCAAAGGACGCCACCAGGUCCGCUGCCCUUGACGCCGGCUUUGGUUCCAGGCAGUUCGACAAAGUCAACAUUAUUCCCGAACCCGAGGCCGCCGCUCUGGCCGCUCUCAAGCCUCACCUCGUCUCCGCCUCCAUUGAUCCCAUCCGUCCUGGCGAGAAUGUCCUUGUCUGCGACUGCGGUGGAGGCACCGUCGACAUUACGACCUACACCAUCCUCAACGUCGCCCCUCGCCUCCAGUUCCAAGAACUUUGCGUGGGCGUAGGCGCCAAAUGCGGCUCUACCUCCAUCGAUAGAAACUUCAACCAGUGGAUGGUCGACGAAUUCGGCCAUGCCUACACCUGCCUCUCGCAGAAGAAGCGCGGUGCGGGCAGCGCCUUCAUGAGGUCAUUUGAAGCACAGAAGAAGUCCUUCGGUAGCAAGCUACUUGGUCGUGGAGACCAGAAGUACAUCGAAAUCGACCACCUUGCCAUGGACCUGCCUUCCUCUUCCCGAUACGACAGUGACGAGGCUGUAGUCAAUCUUACCUGGCACGACAUGAAGAGUUUCUUCGAUCCCGUCAUCAGGGACAUUAUCCGGCUCGUCACCACCCAAGCCGAACAGGCAAAGAAGAAAAAUCAUAAGAUCAACCGCCUCAUCCUGGUCGGCGGUUUCGGCGACUCUGACUACUUGAACGAGCUCAUGCAGAUCUGGUGCACGCAGACCAACUCCAUCAAGCUCACCUGUCCACCCCAGUGCCAAGCCACCGUCGUUCGCGGUGCAGCCCUCCGUGGUCUUGAAGGCCUCGCCCCACUGUAUCGUCAGGCCCGCCGUCACUAUGGCUACAGCGCUUCCAUGGUAUUCAGACAGGGCAUCGACCCUCAGAGCAAGGCGUACUUCGACAAGUUCGACGGAGUGAAGCUCUGUCAAGACAGGUUGAGCUGGGUCCUUGAGAAGGGCCAAAUGAUAGAUUCAAACACUACGGCUACAUUUGACCUCUUUUUGACCCAUGUUGACGAUAGCCCUAUGGCACCAAGCUGCCGUAUGCCUCUGUACAGCUGCUGCCGUGAUGUUGUGCCUGAGUAUAGCUAUAGCUCUAGCGUUGAGAAGGUUGGUAAGGUCCUGGUUGAAUUCAAGCAAGCGGACAUUCAGAAGGCAAAGAGGCGAUACAACACGGACCUCCAGAAGUGGGUCGUCAAACUGAGCUUCAAGGUCAAGAUGAAGUUGGACACCGACCAGGGUACUCUGUCGUUUCAGUCCUUCGUGAACAACAAGAAGUCCGGUUGCACGACAAUCAACUACACCCAGAUCGAACAAGGCCUUGUUGAUACGCGCUAG